GAUCUUCCCUAGGUUGGCACCGGCUCCAUUCAGAGCGGAGUGCUGGAUGCCCAUAGGAAGAACAAUCAUGUCACAUCAAAUUUUUGGCAACGUCAGUUUCGCGCGGACGUGGGCGGAAUACAAGUCCGGAUUUGGACAUUUCUAUGGCGAUUAUUGGCUAGGGCUUGAUCACGUGUCUUACAUAACCAAUAGCAGACCGCAAGACUUGAUCUUCGUAGUUGUAACAAGAAAGCCCGGUGACCAGGAUAUACGAUCUCACUACUACUACAAUUUUAAGGUGUCUGAUGAAUCCAACCAGUACCGUUUCACCUUCUCAUCGGAGGCGGGAGUGAAUGGUCUGUCCGACUGCUUGACGAGUUUGAAAAACGCGCCAUUCUCCACCAUUGACGUCAAUAACGUUGACACGUGCGCCUCGGAUUUCAACGCUGGUUGGUGGUUCACGUCAGGCAAUUGCUCUCCGUGCAACCCCAAUGGCCUCCUGCGCAGAGAUCUCCUCUAUUGGUCAUAUAACGUCACACACACACACUGGGCCUCGAUACCAGACAACUAUGGAAUUAUUCACAUGGUAAUGAUGUUGGAACCUUAAAUUUUCUAUUUAUGUCGAGCAUCAAUGACAUCCUUUGUUGUAUAGUCGUAACCAUCGACGUAUAUAAUACUCGGAACUGGACCUUAAACAUGAAUACUAAUUAGGCGUAUGCUUACAUAUUAAAAACAUUGACAUGAAACAUUCAAGUCGAAUUUCAAAGACAACUAUUAUUUGGGCGUGAUAUGUUCGUAACUAUAUAUGUAAUGUGAAAUGGUGUUUAAACACGAUUUAGGCGUAUGCUUACAUAUUAAAAUAUGGAACAUUUAAGUAGAAUUUCAACGACAAUUAUUGUUUGGGCGUGAUAUGUGCGUAACCAUAUAUGUAUAUAAUACACGAAAUUGGAGCUUUCAACACGAAUAACUACGUGAAAUGGUGUUUAAACGAUAAGAAACCUUUAAGUUGAAUAUCAACGAUAACUAUUGUUUGAGCGUUGUAUAGUCGUAACCAUUGACGUAUAUAAUACUCAAAAUCGGAGCUUUCAACAUGAAUAAUAAAGUGAAAUAAUGCUUGAACAUGAUUUAGGCGUAUGCGUACAUAUUAAAAAGAUUAUCGAUAAGAAACCUUUAAGCUGAAUAUCAACGAUACGUAUUGUUGAGCACUGACAUAAAUAUUCGAAACUGGAGCUGUAGCAUGAAUAAUAAUGUGAAUUGCUGUUUGAAUACGACUUAGGUGUAUGUGUACACAUUAAAAAUAGUAUCGAGAUGAAACCUUCAAUUUGAAUAUUAACGAUAAUCGUUGUUUGGACGUGAUAGCGUUGUAGUCAUUAGCAUAUACAGUAAAGUACUCUUAUAACCAACUGGAUAGUUAGUUCGUUAUAGCAGUAUUUCGUUGUACACAUUUGCAGAAGUUGGUUAUUAAUGUAUAGGGAGAUAAAACGGGACUUUACGAUCAGUUCGUUCUAUGCAGUACUUCAUUCUAAGCAUGUUCGUUGUAAUUAUACUUUACUGUGUAUAAUACUCGAAAUUGAAGCUUUAAUAUAAAUAAUAAUGUGAACUGGUGUUUGACCGACCUGCCUCGGUGGCGUCGUGGUUAGGCCAUCGGUCAACAGGCUG